AUGGGGAUGGGGGUGCAGCUGGAUGGAUUGGUACCUGCCUGGCCUGGCUGGCUGACUGGCCCUGGGCUGGCCUCACCACUGCAGCUGAGUGGAGAAGGGGGCUUCAUGUACACACACAUGUCAGAGAAGAAAGACACUCAACAGGUCGUCUAUGUAUUUACCCUCUCUGUCUCUCUGUGUUUGUCUGAUGUGGAUGACCUCACCUGGUAAGCAUGGAUAGUGGUGGUAGCAGCUGUGAGUCUGUGUAUCGCUCCAUGGUUCAGGAAGGAAAGAGAAACUGACGCUGUCUUUGGUUGUCUUAUCUAGUGCAUGGUUUCACAAUGUCACUUGUUGAUUUCACCUGAAUAAGAACUUCCCCUGAUCUUAAGUGUCCUUAAGACCAUUACCCUUCUCUGUUAUAUAAGUGAUAAUGCCUGUGAGGCCGGUGUUUGGAGGAUAUAUUGGCACGGGUGUUGCAAACCGUGCCAAUAUAUCCUCCAAACACCGGCUUCUACGGCAUUAUCACUUUCAUACAAUAGGUUACCAACAUAUUCAAAUAAUGAUUGACAUAUAAUUCAGCAAUAAGGCCCAAGGGGAUGUGGUAUAUGGCCAAUAUACCACAGCUAAGGGCUGUUCUUAGGCACAAUGCAACGCGGAGUGCCUGGAUACGGCAAUAUACCACAAACACCCGAGGUGGGUUAUUGCUAUUAUAAACUGGUUACCAAUGUAAUUAGAGCAGUAAAAAUACAUUUUUGUCAUACCAGUGGUAUUCGGUCUGAUAUGCCACAGCUUUCAGCCAAUCAGCAUUCAGGGCUCGAAUCACCCAGUUUAUAAUACUCUUUUUUUUUUUUUUUACAUAUUAAGCCAACCCUUGCUCCGAAGUACAGCUUUUUCCUCAUGUCUUUCCAAACAAAGUCUGAUUUACAUAAAUAAAUGGGGGAAAGAUGGCAGUGGCGGGAGAGUAACACCUGCUCGUACCCUGGUGAGCGCGUUCAUUUUUCAUCGCUGGAUGGGUUUAACCAGCGUCCCUACUUGGAAACCUACUCGCUGCCCCCUUCAGCACAUGUGGUUCUGCAUGAGCAGCGCUGCAUCACUGGUCUGGGCGCUUCGCGAGUUUACGGCUCCUACUUAAUUUCCUACUGUAGUCCCCUGUAGCUCAGUUGGUAGAGCAUGGCGCUUGCAAUGCCAGGGUUGUGGGUUCGUUUCCCACGGGGGGCCAGUAUGAAAAUGUAAGUCGCUCUGGAUAAGAGUGUCUGCUAAAUGUCAAAUGUACUGGAACGAGGUCCACAUCUCCUUCAGCACCUUGAUGUGUUACUGUGUUUACAGGCCCUGUCCAAAGGCAACAGAUUGUUGUUAGCCUCAUUUCCUUUUUCAGCAACAUUCAGAGGUGCCCAUAAGAGGAGAAAAUAACAGCAUGUUUCUCAAGAUUUUUUCUCCUCCAAAAAUGGGUUUCCAUGGCUUGUGAUGUCUGUUGGGAGGGAUGUGUACUCAGAUCUGAUAGCAGGCCACAUCAGGGUGCCUUUGAAGGUAAGACAGAAGGAGUUCUCCAAGGGAGCUGCGGAUCCAGCAAUUAGGUCCUAUUCAGGCCCCCGUGGUAAGACCCACAGGUCAUCUCCAAAACAUUUCUGUCUAUCACCAUGACAAUGGCUAAGGGCUUUUUGUGUAGACUAAAACCAGAUCAAGACCAAGCCACAUGGCAUUUGUUUGCAAUCAGUGCCCAGAGGAAACAAUUAGCCUGCAGCACUGCCAGGUCUUUCAUUGACAAAUGGGUAAGAGGUUGGUGUAAGUGGCCAUCAGACCCUGCUUUGUGUCUCCCUGGUAAACAACACCGGGCAUCAUCUGGGUGGAGUGUCAGUGUUUGGUCUGGGAUGAUGGCACUCCCUCCCUGUCCAGACGGGGACCCAGCCCAUAAUACUCUUUGUGAUGUAUGCUACAGUCAGUCUACUGAGAGGGUUUAGAUACAGUGAGCUCGGGAAAAUGUUGUCUGGCUCAGAAUUCAUUAAAAGACUGGGAGUUCUCAUUUCAUUGCAUAAAUCACACCGUACUUCCAGACACAGAAUAAUUUUUAUUUUAUUUAAUUUUUUGAUCUUCCCUCUUGAAUAUUGUUUAUGAUAUGUUUUUGAAAUGGCUGAUUUGAAUCAUAUCACUGUAUUUCUGAAUGAUGACACAGCCUAUUUUCAAAUGUAUUUGUGUCUCUGCAGUCUAGUAGUUCCCAGUGAGCCGAUUGUUGAGGAACUGGGUUGUAGAUGUCUCUUCACAAAGGGAAUCAUUUAAAUGGGCCACUGUGCAUAUCCAGUUUUUUUUCUCUCUUGUCUUGGGAAAAACCUUCCCCCAGAGCAUAUGCCCGUCUGGUUUCCUAAUCGGUAAUGAUAGAGUGGCUUAUGAUGGAAAACUCCCCUGUUCUAACAGAGACUCCUGUUCCUUAUUUUUCAGGUCUAAUGGAAAUCCGAUCUGUCAGUGUGGGAGUCGUCGCCAUCAAAUCAGUCAGCACCGGGCUGUACUUAGCCAUGUCCAAAAAAGGCACACUCUUUGGAUCGGUAGGUACACCUUGCAACAUUCUUUCAUGAGACACCAUGGGCGGCCAGGUUCUAGCCAGGGGAGCCUGAUGUUUCCUCCAAACACAGAUCAUUCCAUUCAAGUGAGUCUUUGAGGUCUCCACUAGGCAAAUCCACAGCAGGCCAGAGUUUAAAGUUUCAAGUUUUAAUAGUUGCAAUAUCAAUCAUGGCUAUACACCUGGGCCCAGCCUGAUAAUAGCUGCAGGUGAUGCUCGCAUGCAAGUCUUGAAGAGAGGCUUGUUCCACUGUCAAAAUACUGCAGAUGGCCAAGAAAUGGAGGCUGAACUAAGAUGACAACAGAGGCAGAUGUGACGGUCUUGCGUGCCGUCUGCCAGUUGUUGUGCUCACACACAGCUCUCUCGUUCUUUCCCUCCCUCUCUUUCUCUCUCUCUUUCUCUCUCUCUGUCAUGUAAUGAGGCUGCCUAUGGCGUGGUAUCUAAGUGUUUUACAGCUCAGCGAGAGAGAGAGAGAGAGAGAACUCUGGAGCUGGCAAUUAGUCAGUACUGUGAAGCUGUGAUGAGUUGCAGACCAUUAUUUCACCCUGCCACCAGCAUAAACAGGACAUAGAUGAACUCACUCAGCCUCCAAGAGCCUCCCCAUUCACCUCCCACUGAAACCUCCCUUAAUGACCAUUAAGCAGGAGAAUCACGCUGGGCUGAUGCUAUCUCCAUAAGGGCCCUGUGAUCUCAGCCUGAUAGUGGCAUGUAGAGGGGACUGCUCCAGAAUCUCUUUUCAUGGUCAUAUAUUUUACGUCAUACCUACGUACAGUUAAGAAGCUCCAACCACCCAUGGCAAAGAGGAGAGGGCUUUGUUGGCUAGGCUGUGCCUGUAUAUUGACACAAAUCCCUGCUUCUGUUCUUUGCCUCAGAAGUGGAUCAAGGAAGAGAUUACAAUCAGAUAGAUGACAAUCAAAACAUUUUACAUAGCAGAUUAACGCUUCAUUAUCAUCCGAUUAUCUGCUAAAAAUACAUGUUUUUAUAUUGUUAUAUCUUCUUGGCCAUGAUCCAACCCUCCCUCCCCUGCAGGUGAAGUACAACCCUAACUGUAAGUUCAAGGAGCGCAUCGAGGAGAACGGCUACAACACGUAUGCCUCCCUGCGCUGGAAACACGGCGGCAGGCAGAUGUUCGUAUCUCUGAACGGCAGGGGGAAGCCCCGGCGAGGUCACAAAGCCCGGAGGAGACAUCCCUCCACUCACUUCCUCCCCAUGCUGCCCUUAUAG